AUGGAAGGAUAUGUGAAAGAUCCCUCGCGUCCCGUUAUCGGAACGGGAUCCUUCGGUGUAGUUUACAGGGUAAAGUCUCUGCGGACCCAAGAGGAGUUUGCUCUAAAAUGUCACGCGUGCAAAGUGGACGACUCCACCGUGAGAGAACUUUCGUGCCUCGCGGCCUUACGGGGUCAUCCUAAUAUUAUCCAACUGCUUGAUUGUUUCGUGUCCGACGAGGAUCGCAUGGCUAUGCUCAUGCCUUGUCUACCUUUCACGCUGAGUUGUGCGAUUUAUACCUCCGCGGGGGUCCCGCUGAGCUUUGUGGCUAGUUUCUCCAGGCAGACGGCUAACGCGUUGGCCUACGUACACAGGCUCAACCUCGUACACAGAGACAUCGCGCCUAACAACCUGCUGCUCGCGGAAGAUCUCACCGUGAAAGUGGCCGACUUCGGGUUAGCGCGGCAAGUGUCUAAGCGGAUGAGCUUGAACGUGGUCACCGAACCGUACAGAGCCCCGGAGAUUUUCGCAGCACGCUCGGACUACACGUGCGCGAUUGAUAUGUGGAGCUUAGGGGCCGUGAUCGCGGACGCUAUGGAAAGCAAAGUGACGUUCUUACCUCCCCCUUCCACGCUACAAAUGAUCACGGAGCUGGCCCCGGACCCUGGGGACCUUGUGGGAGAUGAUAUUGUGACGCGCAACAGAGAAAAGCUGAUGCCCAAACUCAUGAGAUGCGAGCCGGUUAAGAGAAUUUCGCGCAAUCUGGAGGCUCCCCGCUCUGGAGCUGUUUGA